AUGCAUGGUAAUCAUCUGGAGUGUGACGAGGAUACGAUAUAUUUUUAUUCCCCACGUACUGUUCCACCUGCCCUCAAUAAAUACACCAAGCUGAUUUCAGAUCUUCUUCAAAAUUCCCCCAUCAUCGAUGCUCUUCCUGGUGGCGCCCCGGAGGCCAUUGCCCUCUGCCAAGAUGCAAAGACAGUGCUUGAGAAGGAAAGUGUUGUGCUAGACAUUGAUGUCACUGAAAGAGAUGAUUUGAUUAUUGCUGGUGACAUCCAUGGUCAAUUUGCGGACCUGCUACACAAUGUGCUUUCGAUGCAGCUGAUGCAGAGAACCGAUGUAGGUGUCUCUAGUAAGACAUUGGGUUCAGAGUAUAAGUUUUUAUUUUUGGGUGACUACGUUGACCGGGGCCCACGCAGUGUUGAGGUGAUCACCCUUCUUCUAGCCCUAAAGAUAGAAUACCCUGCUCAUGUGUUUCUGCUUCGUGGGAACCAUGAGGAGGCACAGACGUGUCGCGUGUACGGGUUUUUCCAAGAGUGUCGUGUAAAAUUGGAGGGAAGUGGCAGGGGCAUAGGCGGUGGCUCCAUGAAUAUGUCAGGCAGCGCCUGGUUGCAUUACAAUAUGGUGUUUUGUUGGUUGCCACUCGCAGCUGUGGUGCGAUGCCCCGCUGGAAUGUUCUUCUGUGCUCAUGGUGGUCUCAGUCCUAAAACGAACUCCAUCGCUGGUCUUAAAUCGCUUCGUCGAAACGAGUACGGCCAGCUUUUAGAGGCUUCGUCAAGUCUGUAUUUUUCUUCACCCACAAAUGACAAUGACGGGGAGUUGUCAUCUGCCGAUGAAGGAAUCAUUGUCGAUGGGCUGCUGUGGUCCGACCCCAAUGACGAGGUCUACGGCUUUCAAAUUAAUCAUAGAGGGUGCGGUUUUAUCUUUGGACCUGAUGCCACGAAGAAAUUUCUCGAUCUCAAUUACGGUUAUUCUUUUAAAUCACGACUGCCAGGUGAGCAGCGUGAAGAGUUACAGUUUGUUGUUCGGGCUCACCAGUGUGUUGAGGAUGGUUAUCACUGGGUUCAUGGGGGUCUUGUGCUCACGCUGUUUUCUGCCCCACGCUACUGCGGCUUGAACAACAAGGGGGCCUUUGCUGUGCUGCGCGGCAGGGCAAACGUCGGAAGGGACCGGGUUUUUUUUGAAUAUAAAGUUUACGACAUUGCUCCAACGUUGCCAAACGGAAUGCUUAGGUUGCGCACCUCCUCUGACGCUGCUGGUGCUGCUGACGCUGUGCGGGGGCUCAACGACAUGAUACUCAGCGACUACUUUCAGGAUAAUGAGUAG